CCCAUCCUCCCUGUGCCCGCCACUAGCUUAUCCAGUCUUCUUCCCUCCCUCCCAGUCCAUCCCCAACCCAAGUCAGCGGCUGACGCGGACGCCGGCGAGCCGCGCGGCGGAGGACCACCGCCUCCUCCAUACCGCCGCCUCACCGCAGUCAUGUCCUCCUUCCACUUCUUCCCCGCUACCUCCAAGACCCCGGUCCCGGUCCGCCUCCUCAAACCCUCUCCAAAGCCACCCCUCCCCUGCCCCCACACCCUGUGCACCGCCGCCCUCCACCAUGGAGGCGGCAAUGCAUACUCGUGGCGCCACCCGCAGCUGCGAUUUCGGCGGAAGGUCCUGGCCCCCGCGGCGCCGGCCGACGCGCCGCCCGUGGGCCCCGACGGCGGGAGUGGGGGCGGCGGCGCGGGGGGAGGGGGCGGAGGGGAGGACGAGGAGGAGGAGGGGGAGAAGAAGGAGAAGGGAUUGCUGCCCGAGUGGAUGAACGUCACCACGGAGGACGCCAAGACGGUUCUGGUCGCCGUGGCCAUCUCGCUCGCCUUCCGUUCCUUCGUCGCAGAGCCGCGCUUCAUCCCCUCGCUUUCCAUGUUCCCCACCUUCGACGUCGGCGACCGCAUCGUGGCCGAGAAGGUUACUUACUACUUUAGAAAACCAUGUGUAAAUGACAUAGUAAUUUUCAAAAGCCCGCCAGUGCUACAGGAGGUUGGUUAUACUGAUAAUGAUGUUUUCAUCAAAAGAGUAGUUGCCAAGGAGGGCGAUGUUGUUGAGGUUCAUGAAGGUAAACUUGUUGUGAAUGGUGAGGCUAGAAGUGAAGAAUUCAUUCUCGAGCCACCUACAUACGACAUGAAUCCAGUGCAAGUACCUGAAAACUCAGUUUUUGUAAUGGGAGAUAAUCGAAACAACAGUUAUGAUUCCCAUGUGUGGGGCCCUCUUCCCGCAAAAAACAUCUUGGGGAGAUCGAUUUUCCGGUAUUGGCCUCCUGAACGCAUUGGUGGUACAACCAAGGGUUGCCUCAACCCUGAACUGAACCCUGAAACAAAACCAGGACCACUUAUUGAUGUUAAAUUGACCAAGUAGAAGUUGAUCAAUUAGUUAUUGUAUUGUGGAGGUAGAGCUUAGCAUGAGCUCCUUUAGGUUAUUCCUCUUUUUGUAUAAUCUCAGAGGAAUACUUGGUGGCAUCUAGCUCUAUUAGUAACCAGAGAGGGGAAUACAUUUCGUUCUCCUUGGGAUUGGGGUUGAACGGCAAAAGGCACGGAAACCAUUUUGUCUCAAGGUUUCAGUAUCCUUUCGCCGUGUUGUAUACUCCUUUGGGAAACCUUGGUAUUCGUCUUCCGUUAUUUGGAAGAUGGUUGACCUAAUCAAGCUGGAAAAAAUGAUUUCAUUGUCGAAAUCCAGAUUCUGUAAUAUCAUGUAACCCUUGUACGGCGUGGAUGUCCAUCAUGUAAACGGAAUGCAAGUGUAAAAAUUCAAUGUGCUUGGCCCAUUGAUACGUCUGUGAAUGGUUAGAUUAGACAUGUAAGUUUUAGUCUCAAACAGAAAUUCAUGAAACUAAAGUUGUACAAGGUUUUGAAGGCUCA